ACAAAGCUCUCACUCUUUCUAUCUAUCUAUCGCUCUCUCUCUCUCUCUCUUUAAAAUCUCAUCUUCUUCGUGGCAGCCACAGCUUCUCCGGACUCUUUUGAGCAGUUGAGAGAUUGAGAGAGCGGAAAGAUAUUUCCUUUUUCUUAUUCGGAGAAGGAGGAAAGAGGAAAGGAGAGAUUUUUAUUAGUCGAGAUUGUCUCAUCUUCUUCUUGUUUCAAGCUCUUUUUUUUUUUGGGGGGGGGGCCUUUUUUUGUGAGUAGUGGUUGAAGUUCUGAACGAGCGGAGUGACAGAAAAAUGAAGCCUUUUUUAUAUUAAUAAUCGUCAUUCUUCACUCUUUCAAUAACUCGUGUCAAAGAGGAUUACUUGUUUUGUGUGUUAGUUUCAGUUUAAUGAUGUUUUACACUUUGGGUUCUCGUUUUCUGAAUUUUUGAGAGGUUUUCAUGGGAUUUUCUCCUUUGGGCUGUCAUCAUGUUUACCAAAAAGAGAUAAAAGAGAUACCCUGGAGCUUUUCAGCUAAUCUACGAUCCUCUACCUGCCACUCCAAAUGAUCUCCGUGGAGAAUCCAUAAAACAGUACGAGCGAGUUCAUAAAUCAUAUCCAUUUCAUAGUUUCGUAGGAUAUAUAGUCCUUCAAUUUCUUGUGACCUUUGUAAAAUUUUGUAAGGAAAAUCAAAAGAGGAUAGGAAGAAAAUCGCACCUUUACUCCCUCAGUUCCAUCUUGACCUCUUUUACUCUGAUGAACUACACAUUUUUCUGCAAUUCAUAUACUGAAGAAGCUUAGUAGCCGUUGGAAAAAUAAUCACUUCUGAAUGUCUGAUAACUCUUCCAUCCUUCCAUCUCCCUCUGGGAAGCACACAAACCCUUUUUCCUCUCUCUUUGCUUCUCCAAAGCUUUUUAUGGGCCUCUCUUCAAAGAGCUUCUUAGACACUGAGGCUUCCAUGAGUCCAACUUCCAUUCUUGAGACCAAGCCCUUCUCUGUCGUUGGCAGCCAUAGCAGAAAAUCUUAUUGGGGCAGUGGAGACUCAAGAGCAAUAGGCCUAGGCAUAGUGGAUGCUCUCACUAAGGAAAAGUCUGAGAAGAAGACCGUCAGUCAAAGUAGUAGGAUGGUGCUAUUUGGAUCAGAACUAAAGAUUCAGAUCCCGCCGGUACAAUCCAACUCCAUUUCACCAACUGGCUCUGUUGAGUCUCCGCAUACUCCAAUUGAAUUUGGUAUCAAGAACAAAAAUUCUCAGCUAGCUCUGCAUUCUCCUGUGAGUUUGGUCGGUGAAGUGAGACCUCCUUCACCGAGACUCUUCACAGGGCCCCUUUCUCCAAGGGAGCUGGAGCUUUCAGAGGACUACACCUGUGUGAUCUCUUACGGGCCGAAUCCGAAGAAAACUCAUAUCUUUGACAAUUGUAUUUUGGAGAGCUGUGGCCACGGAUUCGCGGCUUCGAAGAAGGAAAAUGGGUUCUCAACUGAACAGAGCUCAGGGUAUUCUUCAGAAGAUUUCUUAAGAUUCUGCCAUGCUUGCAGGAAAAGCCUUGCACAGGGAAAGGACAUUUUCAUGUACAGAGGUGAGAGAGCAUUCUGCAGCCAUGAAUGCCGUCAGCAAGAGAUGAUUUCUGAUGCAGAGGAAACUGAAAGUUGCUUUGAAGACCUUUUGGAUCUUUUCUAGGAGCCAAACUUAGGUAGCAGAGAGAGGAAUAGCUCCUUGUUUUUGUUUGUUGUUCUUCCUUUUAUUUGUCUUGGUAGUAAAUAUGAUUGGGUGGUGAUUAGUUCCUCCUUAUGAUAAUUAUCUUAACUAUAAUGCUUCAUUAUGUAUCUUUUGUGGGUGUUUUUGUGUUACAUCUAAUCCUUUGUCUUCAAUUAAGUGGUUUUUAUUGGACUUUUUUCUC